AUGCUCAAUUAUAAAGUUCACUUCUUAACAUUCAUUUUUAGCCUAUUUAGUUCACACCAUCUAAAUAAUCUGUUAGUGCCUUCUAGAUUGUACCUAUUAUCAUUAUCUUUGAUAUAUGUUUAUAUUAAUUAUUAUUCAUUACAGGAAGUAGCAGUUAAUGCAAUUACUGAAGAAAGUGUUACAGCAGAAGUCAAAAGUAAAAGGCAACUUCGAAGAUUAAUUGUCCUUCCCUACGAUCUUCAAAUCAAAGAUGUUGAUCCUGAACACGUUAAAACAGUGACUGAAUUCGCGAAGAAAACUGGAGAUUAUAAAAGUUUAUCAUCGACAGAUAUUAAAGUUAUUGCGCUCACAUUGCAAUUGCAUAUUGAAAAAAUUGGUAAAGAUGACAUCAAAUCGGCUCCAACAACUGCUAAAACACUUCCGUUAGAGAAAUCAGAGCCUUUAGCUCAUCCUAAAUGUAUCGCUGGGUUUUUUAAUCCUAAAGGUGGUGAAAACAGUGAUAAUGACAGUGAAGAUGAUGAUGAUGAUGAUGAUGAUGAUAAAAAAUAUAAAACUUUAGUAGAUCAAAUUAAUUCCCUUAACGAGGAUGAUCGAGUAAAAUCAGAAUUAUCUGAAUUAAAUGGAGAUGAUUCAAAAGAUGUUUCAGAUUUAGAACAAAUAGAUCCAGCAGAUCUGGCUGAGAAAUUUAAAAAUUUGGAUUGUAAUGCUGAAGAAAUUAAAUUGGAUGAUGAGAACCACACUGUUGAUGAGAUUCUAGCCCCUGUUAAAAAUCAGUCUGCAGAUGAUGAUGAUGAUGAUGAUGAUGAUGACUCUAAUGAAGAUUAUAAGGAUGAGGAUGAAGAUGAAGACAGUGACGAAGCUGGUUGGAUAACUCCCAGUAAUAUUGUUAAAGCCAAAAAAAUGAUGGACGCAGACACAUUAUCGGAGGAACCGGUGAAAGUAGCAUGUAUGACAACAGAUUUUGCAAUGCAAAAUGUACUAAUGCAGAUGGGUAUGCAUGUUGCGGCUCUUGAUGGACGAGUUAUUAAACAACUGAGAACUUUCAUCUUCCGUUGUCAUGCUUGUUAUAAGAAAACAAGCCGUAUGGAUUUGGUUUUCUGUCCCAAUUGCGGAUUGAAGACGUUAAAAAAAGUCGCGGUGUCCGUAGACGAAAAUGGUGUUGAACAUAUUCAUAUCAAUUAUAAGAAACAAUUGCCGGUGCGUGGAAAAAGAUUCUCAUUGCCGACGCCAAAAGGUGGUAAACACGCAGUCAACCCCAUUCUUUCUGCUGACCAACCUGUACCAGAUCAACGAGUAUCAAAAUUAGCUAGGAUGAAGAAUAAUCCACUCAAUGAUGAUUAUAUUGCUGGUUACUCUCCUUUUGUAACGAGAGAUGUCUUUUCAAAAUCAGCUAUGCUUGGGAUUAGAUCUAACCAUGCCGGUCAUAAGUACUGGAUGAAAAAAAAUCCUAAUGAGUGUAAAAAAAAAAGAAAAUAA